ACGAUGGUGAACAGACCGGUAUUGCCAAAGAAUAGAGGAGCCUGGACAAGAGUUGUGAUUUUUAUAUCUCUCUAUGCCUUGCUUCUUGAAUCGCUCAUCGAAUGGGUCUUGGUACUAUAUCUCUACGGCAUUGGACGGGUCGAUUCGAAGAUGAUGCCGAGUCUGAUCAUUUCCCUGAUAGCGUCUUUCCUUACGGUGCUGCUUCUGUUCAUUCAUAGUCUGCUGGCGUGGAAGUUCAACAAGGCCGGGCGUGGGCCACAAAAGAAUGUGCUAAGCAUUGUCUCUGUAUACGCUCUUCGAUUAAAUGUCGCCGUCUGGCUGGCAGCCAGUGUUGCGGGUCUAGUCAUUGUUUCGCAGCAGGCUUCUUGUCUUCCGGGUGAUUCAAAUGUCAGUUAUUGGAGGGUUGGUGUUAGCUGUGCACUUCACAGAGCAGCAGUUAUAGUGGCAGUCUUGUCCUUCAUUACUAUCUGCAUAUACUUUUGCUCGAGAGAGCUCUGUGACCGUCCAUACGACGUCUCGUUACUUGGUCUCUACAACCAACAAAACAGGACCCGCGAUGGAAGCAUCACAUCCAACACCAGCUGGGACAGCGAGAACACCCUGAAAAACGACAUGCUGUAUUAUUGUCGCCGUCCAGAACCGACAUACGGUGGACCAGGUCUGCAUUGGCCAUCAAAUGAUGGUACCAAGUUUGAGAAACCCGAAGACGUCACUGCUAUUCAGCCUGCACCAUUUCGGGCAAAGCCUCAACUGAAGCUCAGUACGACUCUCGUUCCUGAAGCUGCAGAGUUUAGAUCGGGAUCAGUUUCUCCCAUGGCUGUUGCGUCUGAUACGGACCCUGUCUCUCGCACCUCUACGGUCCUGACCUCUGGAGCUAGCGAGCCUCCUUUGAUUGCAGAAUUACCAGCUCCAGGGGUUCCACAGAUCCCUGCAAAAUUCGGUCAUAAGCGACAAAAGUCAUCCAUGUCACUCAGAAAAUUCCUCCCAAGAUCUCUUCCAAUAUCGCUGCCCCUAUCAGAUGAUCCCCAAAUCCGAGCCCUCUCAAACCCAAAUAUAUACUUCGAUCUAGAAAAAGAAGCAGAAAAAGCCUUUCUCUCCGACUCAUCUGACUCAGUCCAAAGACCAAUCUCCCCGCCAAACUCACAGCCCAUGAAUAUCCCCAAACACCAAAGCUGCCCCAUCAUCCAGCUAGACCCCCCACAACAAGAAAACCAUCAACGAACAAUGACAAUGUCCUCCACCGACGCCCCCGAAGUUAUCGACUCAGAACCGCAGAAGCUCCAACGAUCCAACACCAACACCGCACACCUAAACCAGUCCUUUCCUCGCUCUACGAACCACCCGCAUCAUCCAAGCAAGCUACGCUCCGUACCCUCGACUCCUGUUAUGCAAUCCAACGGCAGCAAUGCUAAUUCCAACAGACGAUCAAACCAGUUAUACCAAUUCGACCAAUCCCAGAUCCCCCGGCAAUUCCACAGACCGCAUCCACACUUUAACUACCCGCUUCGUCAUAACAUCGGGACUGUGCCGCGCAGGAAUGAUGUUGAGAUUAUUUAUCCGAGUACGAGACGAUCGAGGAGUAGCACGUACGGUGGGACUGGCAUUGUGCCGUUGGAUAGUAUUUUGGAGUCAAGGGCGUCGUUUGAUGAGGUGCCUGGCUGUAUGAGUCCGGAUGAGAGCGGUGCUAGUAUUGGGGUUGGGGUUGGUGUUGGUGCUCAUAUAAUCGAUGGGAAUACUUAUCGUGGGACGAAUUGGACGGGUAGGCCUGGCUCUGGGUGUUGAUUUACAGGUCUGCU